ACGACGUUUUCGCACUAGCAUAUCCUCUAUGCACGCUGCUUUUUCUACGAAUUUUUACCUCUCAUCUGAAGAACCGCUCGUGUCUUCCUUUCUCGACGCACCUCCUUUUGUUUCUAAUCCUAUUGACGCCGGUUACCUGGCAGCACUGACAUUGUUCUCUAUCAAACCAUUCGUUUGAGGGCAUUCAUGUCGAUCAGAAUAAACAAUGGCGAAUCCGACGGGAGCACCGGCAAGACCGUCUCUGUAGAUGAGGUACUUCGCCUCUUGCAAGCUCCGGUCAACGACGCAACCCUCGAUGAGGCGCAAAGCCAUGGAGCAAGUGAUCGGGAUAGCAAACCGGCGCCGGCAGCAACCACAAGCGCUUCGCGAGUUCUCGGCGAAGGACGAGAAGCAGACGUCCUAGCCAGUGUUUUACAGAACUACGCCGCUGAGCUCGUUCCACCGCUCCCGGAAGACGAGAUCUCCGAGGCGCAUUUCACAAGUUUUCAUCUCGGACGCGGGAGUUCCGACCACAUUGCCGUUUUGGCCGACUACGCGAACCCACAUGACACGCCCGGUCUCGCACUAAAAUGGAGUCGUCGCGUGUUUGGCGCAGAACCCCUCGCCGAGUGGCAGCAGAAUUUUUGUGCGAAGGACGAAGCUGUGUUCGUGCACGCCAUCGCAAAUCAGACAUCGGACUGGUUUGCGCGGUUCUCGGGGGCGAAGGACCUGAAUGCUGCAGUCAAGACGGUGUUCGGCGCCAGUGUGUCGGGGGUCGAAAACAAGCAAGCCGACUUGGUCACGAUAGCAGCAGGAAGCGACGGACCAGAGAAAAGUGAACAUCGCGCUGUACUUCGCUACGGCCAUCGCUGCAUGGCCGUCCUUUUCGCAACUCAUUUGGUGAAAGCGAACAGCGGAGGCCUGGUAGUCGUUUUGGAUGCGGAAGAGGUGGGCCAAAGGUCUCACCAGGAGCGGCGAAGCAGAGAGCUUGCAACCGUCCUCAGCUGUCUCUUCGAGGAAGUGAAUCAGUAUUCGGAAGCUAUCGUCUGUUUGCGGCGGCGCGAUGCUGACGGCGCGCAACGAGAGCUUCUGAAAGCCUUUCGCGCCGCAUCAGAGAAACUAGCAGCUGGCGUUGAGCGCACCUUUCUUUUUGGCGACGAGGCGGUAUUGAAAAGUUCUAACUCUGAUGGCACUGUACGCAGCUUGCUGGAAAAUCGCACCCACGCAAGAACUAAUGACGAAAGGGAGGAGGAACCAGCAGCGAAGCGACGGCGUGUGGAGACGCUGAAGCAUCGAAAGGUUUGUGAGGAGUACAUAGGAACGCCGCAGACCCCUGGGGCGGGCCAUUUCGAGUUGAGCAUACCAUCGCUGACGUCAGGUAGCAGAGCCAAUUCCGAGGUCAUUCUUUCUUUGCGAGCCGACACGCUAGCGAAGUCCGCAGAGCAGGAUGUCGUUGGUGUUUCUCAUCAGCCCGGCUUCGAAAUGGAGCGGAACGCCGCGGAAUACGGGUCGCUUAUGGUUGCUGUGAGCGCCGGGAACUUCGUAACAGGCGGGGAGCGAAAGGUAGAAGGAAUAAAAAAGUGGCUUGCGAGCACAGAAGCGCUGGAGAGGAACAGGCACAGCAGUUCGAGGGACUCAGGGCGAGAUGAACAUGUUUCUGACAAGUUUGGAUUCGCUUGCCGCUUCUCAUCGAUGGUCCCCGAAUCUUCCCUCUCGAAAUUCUCGGAUGCCCUAUCUUCGCUUGCGUCUCGCCAGGGGGAAGCUACGGAGCUAGAUUCGCACUGGCACCACAAUUCCACUUUCCGUCAAGAGGGACCGUGGCGAGCAUUCCUGCCGUCAAUGCCAGAUCUUUCCAACAGCGAGGUGCGCACGAACCUUGGUUUUUUGCAGAAAUUGUUCGCGGGGCGAAGAAGUGUGCCGACGCGAGAUGAAGGGAAAAAGUGCGCUGUCAUCGCUAUGGUCGACGCCACACCCGCACCGCAAGCCCCGAAAGAGACUUCAUCGCCACUGCGGUUCAACUUGAGUAGAACACUCCGCGUAGGGGUUUUGCGGUCACCGCACGACGCGACGACAUCGAUGGAGCUUUUAGCCACCACUAUCCUGGAAGGGCUGCAAUUAUUACAAAGUGCUGCAGGUGAAGAUCCACCAAUGUCCACGUGCAGUUUAGUCCUCCGAUUUCGGAGCGCGCUGCUUACUCGAACUGAAGUCUCACUCAUGCUUCUCGUGGCCGCUUGCUUCCGCAAGAUCACUAUCCAAGCGAGCGACUGCGCACCGCCUUUCGCCUUUGGUGGAGGUGAUCGGUUUUUAGUCGCAACGGGCGGAAACCAUUCGCGGAUACAAAAAUUGGCUGAGACGCUUGCGAAAAAUCCCGUCGCGAUUCGCGACCCACGGGGCCCAUGUAUCCAUCCGGUCUACGUGUCAACAGGAAGCAGUUUCAGAAAGUUCAUGCGGGACCGAAACGAGGCGUUUUUCGCACGGGAAGUGGCUUUAUUAGAGCAGUAUCUGUCGAGGACACAAGUGCCUACGGGUUUCACUUCUCAAACCAGUCCAAGCCCAAACGCAGAUCAUAAUGAAGCGCAUUCUCGCCACCUUCCGGUCGAUUUUCUCGCGACCACGCUAGCGAUUCGAGACUUGUCGUAUUUCUUGAAGGACGAGCCAACAUCAUCGUCAAGUCACCAAGCAGCAGUAGACGCCACCACGCGGUGGAGGUCACCAGCUAUUUACUACCUCUACUUCGGGACCUUCGACCCCUUUCACGAGAAUCACGUUGCGAUGGUUAAGCACGUGCUGUCACGCGGUGACGGCGUUCUGCUGUUUCCCAACGAGGACACGAACCCGCUGAAGAGAACAAAAGUCACCCUCGCCGACAGGAUUGAGAUGCUCUCUUGUCGAGUGGGAGAAUUUGCAAUAGAGGAAAAAAACAACGAAAUCGCAGCCGCGGUUGCCAGCAAGCGUCUGCGAGUGGUGCAGCUCACUACGUCUUCCAGCAGCGUCGACAAGGAUUUUUCAGUAUCAUCGACAAGUUCUUACGACCCUGAACUCGCACAGUUAGGGACGAAUUGGCCUGGGCGGUUGAAGUGCCGCUCAGUCCUCGAGCGGCAACUGAGUCUGGAAACCGGACGCGUCGUCCGUGUUGGCUUCAUGCUCGGGGAGGACUCUUGGCGUUCGAGUUUGAAACGCGCAGAUCAGCACAAGCAGUCCGGCGUGUUUGCUUUGUUGAAAGACAAGAGAAUCGAGGAGGCACAAGAUCACCUGGCGAAAAUACCGCGGCCGGAUGUGGAUAGGAAAUUGAUUCUCGUGUUCCCCCGAUCGGUGGAAGAAGCCCAAAAAGCCGAAAAAGCCGCGGGUCGGGAAGAGGUGGACCGGUUUUGGGUCGGGUCAAAUUUCGCGCAUCUCGUCGGCUAUGCCCGGGACUACGAAGACCCAACGCAGGAGUUGUCUUCGACGAAGCUGCGGGCACAGCUCGCGGAGAAGAGCGGACGAAUACCGGCGAAUCACCUCCACCCUUCGCUCGUGGAAUUCGCGCGACAACGAGGACUAUACGAGGAGGUUUCAACUAUAACACCAGCGGGGCAUAAUUCGCUUGUUGAAGAUUUUCGUGAGCAAUCGCGCACCGCAGUCGUCGGGAAUAAAGCAGCAAAUGCGCAUCAUCUUCAAGCAAUCUCGCAAGAACAGCAAGCUGGAAAUAAUGAUCAAGUCACUCCUGCGUUUCCACAACCUUCCUCUUCCUCGCGCGUUCGCGAGCACUACGACGAGCGCACCGUGCAGGCAGAGGCGCAAAACCGCAAGAAUUCGGCUUCCGUCCAGUCGCGGAACACGCACAACUUGUUGAAAAGCUGUGUCAUCUUGCGCUACCUGGAGCUCGUGCGGAAGCUUCUGCCGAGCGACAAAAAGUUUUUAUCGCUACUGGACUUGGGGAUCGGGAAGGGCGGCGACCUCGCAAAGUACCGCAAUGCGGGGGUGCUGCAGCUGUUCGGCGUAGAUAUUUCGGGAAAAAGUCUUCAGGAAGCACUACGGCGGGCACGGGAAGAGGCCGCGAAGGAUCAGCGGGCCAGGCACGGGGAGCUGAAGAAACUGGCUGAUACGAAGCUGGAGUUACUGCUCCUCGAAGGCAAUUCCUUUUCGCCUGGGGCGGAACUGCGGUUCGAUUCCUACGAUUUCGGCACGAGCAGGGUGGCAGCGACGAAGAACCAAGUUUGGUUUCACGCCGUGGCUUCCAUGUUCGCGUGCCACUACGCGUUCAGCUCCGAAGCCAGCGUCCGCGCGCUGCUGAAGGCGGUUUCCUCCCGGCUUUGCGAAAAAGGGGUCUUCUUCGGCGUCAUCCCCGACAUGGACAGUAUCGUGGAACACUGCCAGAAGUCGUCGGACGAGAACAAAGACACUACUAGCUCCGCACCGUGCUGGAAAACCGACUGCUUUUCCGUCGAGUUCUUGGACAAAACAGCGUGGAGCGCGGCACAAAGGUUGGGCAACCAGAAUAAAGAACAGGGCAAAAAUAUUAAUGCAGCAGGAAGCGAACAACAACUCGAGGUGGAUCCCUUCGGCCACGAGUACUCCUUUUCUUUCGUCGACGGUGUGGAGCAGCUUUCCGAGCCGCUGGUCUACUGGCCUAAGUUCGCGGAAUUGGCAUCGGAGUAUGGCUUAGAGGUGGUGCAGAAGCAGCGACUGUCGGAUCUGGUGCCGCUGCGAGCAAACGCAACAGAACCGUCCACGAUCAGCAGUGGCGGCGACACGGAGCGACUAAUUCGGCAGUACCAUUAUAAGGGCGGGCUAAACCCGGUCAUCGGAGAUCUGUACUGCUGCUUCGCGUUUCGAAAGACACAAAGCACUGUGAUGACGCUGAGAACUUUGCAAGAAGCGAUCGCAAGCAUGGUGGACACGCACAAGAUUCAUGAAAAAGUAGAAAGCAUGUGAUAGACCUUUUUUCUCACCGAGAGGUUUUUACAUAACGACGAGACGCGACAAUCACGACUUACUUUGGUUGAUGGCAAGGGGCCCCGAACCUGCAUAAUCUUUGUGA